AUGCUCAUCGUGUCAUUGCCGCGUGUCGGGUUGUUAUUAAUCAUCCUUAUAUUGAUUACAUUUCUAAGUGACAAUAGCAAUUGUGAUCGGGAUGAUAAUAGGCGAACAUAUAUUCAUCAUUAUCAUACGCCAGAAUUUCGUGCUCCUCACAGUCCACCUUAUGAUUUUAUCUAUAUACCAGGUGAUAUUGUACUUGGUGGCUUUUUCCCGAUUCAUCAACCGCCUUCAUAUGAAUUCGGUUCUAAUCAGUGCACAGCUAUUAAACGCGAGCGUGGCAUUCAACGUCUGGAAGCAAUGCUAUUUGCCUUAGAUGUUAUUAAUAAUCGAUCAUCGUAUUCUAUGUCAUCGCUACUUAAUAAACAUAACAUACGUUUUGGUGCGUUGAUAUAUGAUUCAUGCGAUUAUGAAUCUUAUGCCGUAGAACGUGCACUUAAUAUGUUAUUACCAUCUCUUGAUCAAUGUAUACCAUCAAGCAAACAAAAUCAGUCCUCAUCGUUUGUUGCUGGUGUGAUUGGUAGUGCAUCAAGUAUUGUUUCAAUGGCAAUUGCAGAUAUUCUUCGUUUAGCUGAGAUUCCACAAAUAUCCUAUGCGUCAACAAGCACAGAAUUAAGUCAAAAGCCACGUUUUCAAUACUUUUCACGCGUUGUUCCUCCCGACACAUAUCAAGCAGAAGCUGUGGUCAGUAUUAUUCAAUUUCUCAAUUGGACCUAUGUUGCUGUUAUUAAAGAAACCGGUUCCUAUGGUGAACGGCUAACCGAUGACUUUAAAGCAAAGCUAAAGAAUAAAACAAUCUGUAUUGCUGGUGAACUAUCGGUGAAUGUAAAAGAUUCAAAUUCUUACAUACGUGUUAUCAAAGAAUUACAUGAGGAUGAGAAAUAUCGUUUUGUUGUUGGUGUUAUUGUUUUUGCACAAGAAGAUUCUGUUAGGCAAAUACUCAAUCAAACAUCGUCACGUAAAGAAUUAAAUGGUCGGUGGGUUUUUCUUGGUACAGAUGGAUGGGGAAAAAAAUCGUAUCCACUAGGAAAUUUUGGACGUGCUGCUAUUAAUGCAAUAACAAUAGCACCAAAAUUAUAUUUAAUUUCGGAAUUUGAUGAUUAUUUUAAUAGUUUGAAUCCAUCGCUAAAUACUCGGAAUCCAUGGUUUCGAGAAUAUUGGGAAGAAACAUAUAAAUGUAAAUUUGAAGAAUCACCAAAAACAUUUUUCAACCAAAAUUAUACACGAAUAUGCUCAGAUACGGAUAAUACGCAUACAAAUCUAUCUGUACCAUAUUCUCAAGAAGGUUAUGUUCAUUAUGUUGUCGAUGCCGUCUUUGCACUUGCGAUUUCUGUACAGAAAUUAAUUGAUGAGAAAUGUGUGAAUUCUUUGAAGACUGGAGCUUUAUGUAAAGAAUUCUUCCCAUUUGAUGGAGCGAAAUUAGUUUCAAUUUUACGAAGUACUACUUUUCGUAAUGAAUUAUCAAAACGUUAUAUUAAAUUUACAAGUAUUGGUGAUGGUAUUGGAACUUAUGAUAUAUUUCAAUAUCAAAUUACUAAUUCAACUGAUACUCAAGAUUAUUUUACUAUUGGUGAAUUUAGUGAUAAUGAUCACACUAAUGAAAGAGUUCGUAUUGAUCUUCAAUCAUUAAAAUGGUUUAAAUAUAAUCAAGAUCUAUCCGAUUGGACUCUAACAUCGGCAACUCCUCGAUCAUUUUGUAGUGAACCUUGUCACCCAGGUGAAAUUCGUACAAGUACAGACUCUCAACAAUGUUGUUGGACAUGCCGUUCAUGUGACGUAUUUCAUAUAGCUAUUAAUGAGACAACAUGUUUUACAUGUCCAGCGAACGAAGCUCCGAAUUCAAAUUUUUCAAAAUGUAUACCUAUUCAACAAGAAUACUUAUCUGCACAGGACAUAAUAGCAUGGCCAGCACUGAUACUUUCAUCGGUCGGUAUUCUAAUGACCAUAUAUACAAUUGUUAUUUUUAUACGUUUUGCUCAAACACCAAUUAUAAAAGCAUCGUCACGCGAAUUAAGUUAUUUUCUUUUAUCUGGCAUGUGCUGCUGUCAUUUAUGUGCCUGGCCACUUAUAUUUAAACCCCAUUUAGUAACAUGUUUUUUAAUACGUAUUGGUGUUAGUUUAAGUUUAACAAUAUGUUUAGCUGCACUUUUAACAAAAACAAAUCGUUUAGCAAGAAUAUUUAAUAAUAGUCAACGUUUAACACAACCAUCUUGUCUUUCGCCACGUUCUCAAUUGGGUAUUUGUGGCGGCAUUGUCAGUAUACAAUUGAUCGGUGUUCUUCUCUGGAUAAUUAUAUCGCCGCCAGCAAUUAAAUUAAAAUCUGAAAUAAAACAUAAUCAAAAACGUUUAAUAUUAGUUUGCCAAACCGAUAAUGAAUAUAUAGCUUGUUCUUUAGUUUAUAAUAUGAUACUUGUUAUAUCAUGUACAUUAUACGCAAUUAAAACAAGACAUAUACCCGAAAAUUUCAAUGAAGCGAAACAUAUUGGUUUUGCAAUGUAUUCUGUAUGUAUUAUAUGGUUAGCUUUCAUACCGAUAUUUUUCGGCUUGAGAAGUAGUGAUAAUUGGUUUCGUAUUCAAUUGGUUAGUCUUGCGAUUUGCCUUAGUUUAUCAGCUACUGUCAUACUUUUAUGUUUAUUUGCGCCUAAACUUUAUAUUGUUCUAUUCAAUCCGUCCAAAAAUAUACACGUGAAAUUCAAAACAACAUUAUCGUCUCAUCAACCAUCACUUGAACGUCCAAGUACAAGUAAUAAUAAUGCUGACGAAUUAGCAGCAGCCAAUCGACGACGACGACAUACAUCAACAGAUUUUCCAACAGAAGUUUCUUUGUAUGCUUCGAAAUCGGAUAAUUCCGCUUUAAAUCUAAAUGAUGAAGUUAUUCAAACAGGCAAUGCUACAAGUGAAAGUGGUUCAGUUUUUAAUAGUGCAUGUACAGAUGCUGAGAGACAUCAUCAACUUCAACAUACAUUUAUACAUGAUGAUGAAGCAACAGAAUUUUUAGCAACAUCAAAUCAUUCGCAAUAUGCACAAUUGAAACCGGUAACAUCAAAUUUAGUUAUAGGUGGCGAAAAUCCUUGGAAGAAAUUAAGUAAUGUUCGAUAUAAACUGGAUGAAAACGAUAAUAAUCAGCAAAAUCAAACAUCUUAUCGUCAUGUUCAUGCGCAGCAUAUCACUUUUGUGUAA